GAAAUGAUUUGUUACUCUUCUUGAAACAGGCUGCACUUGCUUGUCUUGUAUGUUUUACAUGUUUGCAGCUGGAGAGCUAAUUUUUCCAUCAGUUAGCGCACGAUGGGUCUGAACAUCCCAGGGCUGGUGGCAAUGGUCUUCUUCUACCUGCUGGUUCUGGGGAUCGGUAUCUGGGCUUCCAUGAAGUCCAAGCAAAUGCAGAUGAACAGUGCGGCAGACCGGACUGAGAUCACUACUGGGGAACAGAGGGAUCAGUCUGGCCAUGGGGCCAAGAGUUGGUGAGGAUGGGUCUGAACAUCCCAGGGCUGGUGGCAAUGGUCUUCUUCUACCUGCUGGUGUUGGGCACCGGUAUCUGGGCCUCUAUGAAGUCCAAGCGUCUGCAGAAGAACAGUGAUGCAGACCGGACUGAGAUCACUCUACUGGGAAACAGAGGGAUCAGUCUGGCCGUGGGAAUUUUCACCAUGACUGCAACAUUUGUUGGAGGAGGCUACAUUGUUGGUCUGUCAGAGGCAGUUUAUGACCCGACCAUGGGACUGACCUGGGCUGUCAUGAUAAUAACAUCACCUCUGUGUUUUAUUGUCGGUGGAGUUUUCUUCGCAAAGACAAUGAGAGACAGAAAAUACAUGACGAUGAUGGACCCAUUCCAGAUCAAGUAUGGAAAUGUAAUCAGUGGGUUUCUGUCGAUGGCAUUGGUGAUCUCUGACGUGUUCUGGGUAACAGCAACUCUUAUCGGCUUAGGUACAACAAUGAGUGUCAUCCUGGAUUUGUCUUAUACUAUUUGCAUUUGGAUCUCUGCUGCAGUCGCCAUCAUCUACACACUCCUCGGAGGCCUCUAUUCUGUGGCCUACACAGAUGUUAUACAGUUAAUUCUCAUAUUCUUUAGCUUGUGGCUGUGUGUCCCAUUCAUCCUGAUGAAUCCACAUUCAGUUGAUAUCACAAAGUCUGCCUUUAAUUUCACCUACCAGGCCCCUUGGGUCGGUACAGUGGACAGUGACAGGGCAUGGAGGUGGAUUGAUAAUUUCUUAUUAUUGACUCUUGGUCACCUGGGUUGUCAGGAUUUCCAUCAGAGGACCCUGUCAGCCUCCUCAUCGGCCACAGCCAGGAUCAUCUGCUUCAUUGCAGCUCCCAUCGUCUUCAUAUUGGGAGUCCCAUCUGUUUUAAUUGGAGCAGUCGCAGCAUCAACAGACUGGAACAUGACCUCAUAUGGCUCCCCAUCUCCUUAUGACCGUGGAGAAACAGGCCAGGUUCUGCCCAUUGCUUUACAGUAUCUCACACCAAAUUAUAUCUCCAUCUUUGGUAUUGGAGCAGUAGCUGCUGCUGUGAUGUCAUCAACUGACUCAGCUCUGUUAUCAGCUGCCUCCAUCUUCUCUACCAAUGUCUAUAAGAACAUCCUGAGGAAAAAUGCAUCAGACGUGGAGCUCCAGUGGGUGAUCCGUGUCACUGUGGUGUUAGUGGGUGUGAGUGGCACAUCACUCAGCUUUGUGAGCCACAGCAUCAUGGUUUUCUGGAUCCUGGGCUCAGGCAUAACCUACACUAUCAUAUUCCCACAACUGAUCUGCAUCCUCUUCUUUAAAAUCUCCAGUGGUUACGGCGCCGUCAUGGGUUUGUUGGUUGGAGUGUUGUUGAAGGUGCUGAGUGGGGAGCCAUCACUCGGUUUGCCUGUUAUCCUCCGUUUCCCAGGGUGCACUAGUGAGGAUGGCAUGUAUGUCCAGCGCGCUCCCAUUCAGACGAUCUGCAUGCUGUCCACCAUAUUCACCACUUUGUUGAUCUCAUACUUGGCUUCACUGCUGUUUAACACAGGACUGAUUCCUGAAAGGUGGGACGUUUUCAAAGUGAAAACCAACAAAGUGCCACAGAGACUGUUAUUAAGAAGAAAUGAUGUUAAUAAGAGAACAGAGGAAGAGGAGAACCCUGAAGAGCAGACGGAAACUGGAACAAUGUUGACAAAUCAGUUGGGCUGAUGGGACACAAGUAUUUUUCAUAGAACUACAUGACUACAUGAGUGAGUGAGAGCUUGCUGCAAAACAAAUCUACCCACGGGUACAAAUAAAGUCACCUUGAACCUUGAUCAUUUAUUUAAUUUUUUUGAAGCUUAGUCACAGUUAUGAAUUUAUUGUCACUUCAAACAGAUGCAUGCAUAGGUGAGUGUUACAGCCCCAGCCUACUGCUGUAUGUGCAGGCUUGUGUGGUCUGCUUUGUGUGUUGCAGGCUUGAUUAUGAAUUGAGAGCACUUGCAUGCUCCUGCAUGAGGCCCUUUUAAACCAGCUGGAUCAGCUUAAUGGCAGGCUGCCCUCCACACCUCAUGGACCUCCACCCUGCCAGGGGACCCUUUAGUUUAUAGUUUAGCUUAUUCCUUUGUUGAAACAAAUGUUCCCUUUAUUUUUGAACUGUGCGUGCAGCCUUCCUUUUGUUGCGGCAUGAGCCAGGUGUAACAGUGAGUAACUGUUCAUAAUAUUUGAGCAUAGUACUUCAGUCUGCUGAACUGCUCCACCCCCCAAAUACUGCCCCUAUAGACUGUCCACCUCGCACCUUAACAGGUUAUGAUGCUGCUGAAGUCACUAUUGCCACUUUCCUUCACUGUAACUGCUGCUUAUGCUGCCGACACAUGCACUAUCACUUUAACUUUAUUGUUGCUACAUACUGUGUAAUUUUGUACAUAUAAAGAAUUUUUUUUUCUGUGUGUGCA